GCUGCGGAGGAGCGGAGCCAUGGGAAAGCUUCAAGAAUUUGAUAUCACUUUUGCCAACAACAAGGUGGUGUACAGUCCUGGAGAGUCUAUACGCGGAACUGUGAAAAUACGAACCGGCAACUCGCUGCAAUACAAAGCCAUCAAGGUGAACUGUCAGGGCGCAUGCGGGAUCACCAAUAAACUGAAUGACACAUCGUGGGCUCUGGAGGAGCAGUACUUCAACAGCACGUUGUGUGUCGCUGACAAAGGAACUCUGGUAGCUGGCGAACACAAUUUCCCUUUCCAGUUUGUUAUUCCAGUCGCUGUGCCGACUUCUUUCGAGGGACCCUUUGGGAAAAUAGUUUACCGUGUAAGAGCAGUCAUCGACACACCCCGCUUCUCAAAAGACUACAAAGCCCAGAGGCCCUUCUACCUUCUCAACCUGCUCAACCUGAAUGAGGUGCCUGACAUUGAGCAUCCGAGCUACGCUGUGAUCACUAAGAAGUUCAGCUACCUCCUGGUGAAGACAGGGACCCUGAUGAUGAAAGCUCGCAGCGACCUCAGGGGUUACAUCCCCGGCCAGGUGAUCAAGUUGGCCACCGAGAUCCACAACAAGUCUGGGAAGGACACGGGAUGUGUGCUGGCCAGUCUAAUACAGAAAGUGACCUAUAAGACAAAGCGGCCUCUGUUUGACCUGCGGACCAUUGCGGAGGUGGAGGGAGCUGGAGUGAAAGCAGGAAAACACGCAGAGUGGAGGGAGCAGAUCAUUGUCCCUCCUCUUCCUCAGUCAGCGCUGGCCUGCUGCGGCCUCAUAGAUAUCGACUAUUUCAUUCAGGUGUCACUAAAAUCUCCAGACACAAUCGUCACUCUGCCCAUCUACAUCGGGAACAUCGCUGUGAACUUGUCUCCGUCGAGGCCCGUGCCCACCAGUCCGGUCCACUGCGGCGCAGGCAUGGCACCCGGCGCGGCAGGGGUGACACCCAGCGCCCCGCCAGCGGAGGAGGAGCUGGAGGAGGGGUUGUGUGCAGGUGGUGUUGCCAGCGAGGAGAUUCCCACCAAGAGUCACUCACAGCAGGAUCCCUCAGGUCAGCCGGUCACCAUGUCCCCGAGCGCCUUCAGUCACGCCCCCGGUGCGGCGCUGCCACCCGGCCACAGACGACCCGACGCGCCAGCUCCCCUGUUCUGUGUGUCCACGGGGGCCACCAUACCUUUUUUCACAGAGGGAAAUGUCACUCCUAUCCCAACUUCCUGUUCUCUCAUUCUCCCUCCAGAGUACAGCAGCUGGGACUACCCUCACGAGCCCCCACCCACUUAUGAGGAAAGCUGCAGUAGCGCCAACUCCAGUUUCAACAGCAGCAGACAGUAGAGAAAGUGAUGAACCAUCAUGGUCUAAUCCCACCCACAACUGUCUGCACUUGCCUCUGGACAAAUCAGGAUGGAGAGACGCUGGGUGAAAGAGUGUGGAAGAAAACUCCAACACUCCAUCUCCUCAAAGAUUGUUAUUUGUCCUCUAUAAGUAGAAAAGGGAUCAUAUCUUAUAUCGAAUAUAAGAAUUUUAAUUUCACCUCAUAUCCCACCAGGCAGUGUCAGACAGAGCGGGUGAACAUCACUGUGCCUAAAAGAAGCAUUUUGGAUUAUCACAUUUAGAAUAUUCAGUGAUUUGUUGGACCCCAUUGGAGCAGGGUAAAAUCCUCAUUUUUCCAUGAAUUGUUGCAUAUAUGAUGCUUUGAACAUCUUUUGGGUCUAGGGAGGGUCACGUUUGAAAAGACCAAACCUUGGCCUUUUUUUGUAGCGCUGUUCCAAAUGUGCACUUGUCAUCGUGGUCCUGUCUGUUUGUGUCUCAGUUUGUCCUCGUCAUCGGUGUGGAUGAGUUGUCUUCAUUCUGGAUUUCAAGAGGUGCACUUAGAGCCACAGGUCGUAGUCUGUCUGUAAAACUACUUAAAAUCCCUUUAGGCCCCUUGGAGGAUUUUUCUCUGACUUUAGCAUCUCUAAAAUUAUUCUGAUGGUUUAAGUCUUUGUUUGAAGAAAUAUGAGGCACUGCUUCUACAGUGUACUGGAAAUCUCCAAACACAAAGGGGCUUUAAAGUCAAGCUGCAACUAACAAUUAUUUUCUUCAUCGAUUCAUCUAUCGAAUAUUUUCUUGAUUAAUAGAUUAGUUCUUUGGUCUAUAAGAUGUCAGAAAUGAUGACAAAUUUUAAUCAUUGUUUCCCAAAACCCAAGAUGCGACCUAAAAUGUUGCUGGAAACAGAAAACUUUGUCAUUUUCUGUUAAAAAAUGACUCAAAACUAUUUUGAAUAGUUACUUAACAGCUGAUUAAUUUGUUUUUUUUUUAUCAACUAAUUAAAUAAUUGUUUCAUUUGUACUUUAAAGAUAAAGAUUGUGUCUAAAGGAAACCUCUCAGUUGUGUAACUUGAAACACAAGCAGCAGCAAACACAAAAUACAAUACAAACUUUUCUGUUUAUUUCUAUGUUUUAAUUGACAUGAAGAAACCAAUUGGAAUAUUACAUAGGCCUAUAUAUAUACACAAGUAUUUUUGUCAUAAUUUAUGUUGAUUAACUAAAAUUGAACACAUGACACAAAAAUAUAAACAUGCAUUGAAUCUGUGUACCGCCACCCUGUGUUGGCUCAUAAAAAACGGUUUUGCUUUAACACCAGUUUUGUAUUCAGGGGAUAGUUUGUCUGCAGAAUCAGAUGAGACUCAUUUUUGCUGCAGCUGGACCUGUAGACUUCAGUACUGACACUGUCUGUCUCUGCCAUCUUGUGGUCAGUACUGGUUUAAGCUGUAGCUCAACCUGCACCUAGGGCUGGAUAUUAUCACCAAUGCAAACUGCUAUAACUGAGUCAUUCAUUCUGCGAUGCACCAACAAAGGUCUGCGGUGUAAACUUAGAUCUUAUUUUUCUGUGAUUUUUUUUGUUGAGCAGAAAUUGAUAUUCUUUUUGUGUGUGUGGCAUCACAUCUUUUCAGUCUCUGUCUGGAUGAGAUUGUUUGUUGUUGUUUUUCUCCUCUUUGUUGCCUUAACUUUCUUUAUUGUUACAUUAGAGAGAUGAGAAUCUUUAGAAAUUUCAUUCGGUGCGCAUGAUGAACACACGUGCACAACACAGCACUUUUGACAAUUUGAGUGCGUCGGUUUCUAUGAGUGUGAGCAUCUACUGUACAUAUCGUGUGUAUGAGUGUGUGUCUGUAAAAUAUAGCUGUCUGUUCUUUCUGCUUACUUGGACCAGAUAAAGUCACCUCCAAUCUGUUUCCAGUCAAAAAAACAAAAACAAGCGCUGGGUGAUAAAACAUUCAACUGAAUGACACUUGUGUUAUGUGAGCAAAUUGCAAUUUAAAACUAAAUUAGAUCCUAAAGUUUUGGCUAACCAAUUUGGUUAUUUUACAUAUGAUUUUGCAUAUAUGUGUCAUAUUAUGGUAAAAGGAAAAAAAAGUCAAUUUACGAUAAUGAUUUUUACCAUAUCACUCAGCCCUCCUGUGCUGUAAAAGCAUCAGCACAUAUUCAUUUGAAACUGAGGAUCUGCAGUACUGAAUGUUUGUGUCGCUAUUGAUGUUAUUGUCUUAUUUUACCAAGUCUAGUUAACUUUUAAUCCUGUGAAUUUAGGGGAGGGGGGGAAAUACAGCGCUGGUUUUGGCUUCUGGCAGACAAUCUUGCAAUAUGCUUUCCAGAAUUUGUCGUUUUAUGAGACACAUCAGCUGAUAUUUCCACACACAAACUGAAUUUACUGUUAGGACUCUGACAGUCACCCUAACUACAAUAUCCUGGCUCUACUUUAAUGUGAAUGCAUGCCUUAAACAAUCUGGAUUCCCGCCGCCCCCUUACAGAAGCCUGCGAUGGACCUUUCUUUUUCGUCAUGGAGGAUGUGCUCAUGAACCUCUCUCUGUUUUGUGUCCUGUGGACUGUGCCAAGUGCACUUGAUGUAUACAAAUGUAGCUUUUAAACAGCAAGGACUGUUUGGACCUGUUUUAAAAUUUUUAUUGUUUUAGAAAAUAUGUGCAAUUCCUGUCACCACCAAGAAGGCUGCAGCAGCAGCAGCAGCAGUAGCAGCAGCUUGGUUCCCUGAAGUCAUUUCACGCUGCCUUUAUUGUUCCUGAUUCUGUUAAACUCCUUUUCACCAAAAGGUACUAUAGCUUUAUGAAGCCCCACUUGUUUUGUGCUCUUUUUUUCAUUAUUUCUCCCUCACACAUUGAUGAGUGGCGUCUGGUUUUGUAUUUUUCUACUUGUAAACUGUUUACAGGUGCAGUAUGCAGAUACUAAUAGUAGCACCUCAAUCAGUAAAUGUAAUAUUUCAACCUACAGCGCAGAAUCAAAGUUGUACUAUAUAGUAUAACAAUAAA